AUGGGUAUACUCGAUCUCGCCGACGAGCUUCUCCGCAUCAUUCUCGAACACGUCGCCUCAGAGCCAGAGAAACUGAUCAGCCUGGAUAGGCGCGCCUAUCUCUCGCAGGAAAGCUUCAAGCCGCACCCCCCGCCAGAGCCAGACCAAGCCCAAACCAUAGCCGACUUUAGACUCACAUGCAGGAAAUUCUCUGACCUUGGCGUUAUCCAUCAGUUCUCCCGGGUAACGACAAGAUUCUCCAGGAGAGGCCUUAGACGACUGGAGAACAUUGCAAGCCAGCCGCACAUUGCUGAACGCGUCAAGAAAUUCAGUUACAUGGUGCCGUUUUUCUACGUUGAAGGUCGGGAACGCGUGCAAGAGCUGCUACUCCCGCGGCCAGAGAGUCUCAGUUCCCUUGAUGUCAGUCACUUCCAGCAAAAGGUGAACGAGCAACGAGAGAUUGUAAGGACACGGGAGGAUGCUCGAGUCCUGAACCUGGCCAUAUCUGCCUUUACAUCGCUCCAGCACGUUCAAAUUUUACGAGUACAGGAUCAAGAAGACGGCAGACUAAUAAAUUACAUAAGACAACACGAUGAGCUGAACCAGUUAGUAGAAUUAAAGUGGCCACCCGCAUGCUUCCAUUCCGCCAAAACUAUUGGGGCUGCAUUGCUCGAAGCUAGGUCACCAUGCUCACGAUUUUCAUCACCAAUGCUCAGCCCUCAAAGCGUUCUAGGCGCAGCAAGCAAUCCACCUACAACAUUAAACCUUCUCGCAGAACGUUUGACAUGUUUGGAACUACAUUUCGAUGAUGGCACGGAUCUGGACAUAAGGAUGCGCCAACUUUCCUCACUGUCCAAAGCCAUCUUCACUGCGGCGAAGAACAUUGAAGCGGUGCAUAUUGGGUUUCCUUCUCACAGGCCCUUGACCUUACGACUUGAAGAGAUAUUUCACAACGUCAAGUGGGACAAGCUGCAAGCAUUUGGUGUUCAGGCAUGGCGACUCGACGCAGAUGAGAUUAUUGGUUUAGCCCGAAGACAUCGGGAGACUUUACGCGGGCUGAGGCUGCGAGAUGUACUUUUGAAGGAGGGCAGUCGCUGGAAGGACGUACUCUCCUUCCUUCGAGAUGACAUGACAAGAUUAGAUUGGGUCAGCCUACGGAGAAUCGAUUAUGAGAAACACUUCGACGAACAAAUGUUCCUUGGCGCCGAAGUUCCUGACGACCCGCUAGCAGGAAGCGAAAGUAGUGAUGAGAGCGAGGAUUGGGAUCUGCAUGAGGAUGAACAGGACGAUGCGCUGGACGACAACCUUGACAAUGGCCACGAGGCUGACGAAAGCGACGGCUCAGUAGCCGAGACAGACCCCGACUCCGACGCAGAUACAGACGAGCCGGAACAGGGAGGAAACCUGCACUUUCCACCAAUGUCUCCUGAUACGCCCGCGUCUGUGCCCUGGUGCAAUUGCAAUGGCCAUAUGGACAGCGUAGACGUGCUAGGCGACGACGGCAUCAUGGUAACCAAUCAGCAGCGCAGAUUUUGGGAGAAGUGGGUUGUGAGAAAGACAUGCACCGAGCAACAUAGUCACAAGUAA